CCACAAUCGCGACAUGGUGAAGCUCCAGAGCCUCGGCGGUUUGUCUGGCUGUAUCUUUCAAUACUUGUACAAUUCCUUUUGUCUCUUAUAUCUCCCUUACCGACCUGUCACCGACACCUCCCACCGCCUCCGCCACCCAUUGCCCAUCCCCGACCACCACGGCAUGGGCUCUCUAUAAGAGCUGGCGCGAAUUCCUCUCUCCGUCCAUUGACUUGGUCCGGCCGACUUAUACGGACACCACCACAACCCCUUGAGGAGCAGCCAAUGCUCCCGGGGCACACACAACAACCAUGGCGCCGUCUAUAAAGCUCAGCACCAUGGCUGCUACAAGCCUCCACAGAGCCCACGGCACCUCCGCCCUCCUCCGCGGCCCCCGUCUCUGGGCUCCCCGACUCUCCUCGAUCCACGCGACACCCACCAUCGCCAACCUCCGAGCUUCCUUUACCACAUCCUCCCCUCGUCUUGUCAAAGAUGAAGCGAAACCCGUCGUCCCCGCCGUACCCAAGGCCACCGGUCGAGGCCCCGUCGAUCCCCUCGCCGCCAUCGAUAAAACCGCGCAGGAACAGCGCAAGGCCGAUUGGGCCAUCAUGAAGGAGAUGUCCAAAUACCUAUGGCCCAAGGGCAGCUGGGGCGACAAGGCCCGAGUGCUGCUGGCUAUCAGCUUGCUGGUUGGUGGCAAGGUGCUCAACGUCCAGGUGCCCUUCUACUUCCGCGAGAUCGUCGACGCGCUCAACAUCGACUUUUCUACAACUGGUGGUUCCGUCACGGCCGUGGCUGGAAGCAUGAUUCUGGGUUAUGGUGCGGCUAGGAUAGGCGCUGUGGUUUCUCAAGAACUAAGAAAUGCCGUCUUCGCGUCGGUUGCGCAGAAGGCGAUUCGCAAGGUUGCCAAGAACACUUUUAUGCAUUUGCUGAAUCUGGAUCUGAGCUUCCAUCUGUCCAAGCAGACGGGUGGUUUGACCAGGGCUAUCGACCGUGGUACCAAGGGCAUCAGCUUCCUUUUGACCAGCAUGGUCUUUCACAUUGUCCCUACCGCUCUGGAAAUCUCCAUGGUCUGCGGUAUUUUGACCUACAACUUUGGCUGGGAGUAUGCCGCUCUUACUGCCCUGACCAUGGUCAGCUACACGGCCUUUACCAUUCUCACAACAGCCUGGCGCACAAAGUUCCGUCGCCAAGCCAACGCGGCAGAUAACAAGGCCUCUACCAUUGCCGUCGACUCCCUCAUUAACUACGAAGCUGUCAAGUACUUCAACAACGAAGCCUACGAGGUCGGCCGCUACGACAAAGCCCUCGCCCAAUACGAGAAGAACAGCAUCAAGGUCGCCACCUCUCUGGCGUUCCUCAACUCGGGACAAAACAUCAUCUUCUCCACCGCCUUGACGGCGAUGAUGUGGAUGGGCGCCCACGGGAUCGCCACCGGCAAGCUCACCAUCGGCGAUCUGGUCUUGAUCAACCAGCUCGUCUUCCAGCUGUCAGUCCCCCUGAACUUCCUGGGUUCCGUCUACCGCGAGUUGCGUCAGGCCCUCCUCGACAUGGAAACCCUCUUCAACCUCCAAAAAGUCAACGUGACCAUCACCGAGCAACCCAACGCCAAACCUUUGUCUCUCACCCGCGGCGGCGAGAUCAACUUCCAAAACGUCACCUUCGGCUACCACCCCGAGUCACCCAUCCUUCGCGAUUUGAGUCUUACCAUCCCCGCCGGCAAAAAGGUCGCCAUCGUCGGCCCCUCCGGCUGCGGCAAAUCCACGCUUCUUCGUCUCCUGUUCAGGUUUUACGACGUACAAAAGGGCACCAUCUCCAUCGACGACCAAGACAUCCGCUCCGUCACUUUGGAGUCCUUGAGGAAAGCGAUCGGCGUAGUACCGCAAGAUACCCCCCUCUUCAACGACACGGUCGAACAUAACAUCCGCUACGGCAACCUGUCUGCUUCGCCCGAGCAGGUCAUCGAAGCCGCUAAGCGCGCGCACAUCCACGAGAAGAUCAUUUCCUGGAGAGAUGGAUACAAUACCAAAGUCGGUGAGCGCGGAUUGAUGAUUUCCGGCGGCGAGAAGCAAAGACUUGCUGUCUCGCGUUUGAUUCUGAAAGACCCACCGCUUUUGUUCUUUGACGAGGCUACGAGUGCGCUGGAUACGCAUACCGAGCAGGCGUUGAUGGAGAAUAUCAAUGCCAUUCUCAAGGGACUUGGCCAAAAAGGAGAGAAGAAGACGAGUUUGUUUGUGGCGCACAGGUUGAGGACGAUUUAUGAUGCGGAUUUGAUCAUUGUUUUGAAGGAGGGACGGGUGGUGGAGCAGGGCACGCAUAGGGAGUUGAUGGAGACUAAUGGGGUUUAUGCGCAGUUGUGGAGGGCGCAGGAGAUGUUGAUGACUGCGGAGGGGGAGGUGAAGGGGGAGAAAGAGGUGGUUGAGAAGAAGGCGUAAUGAGUGGG